UGCUCGUCGGGUUGUCGGUGCGUUGCGUUCGGUCGUGUGCGCAGCCCGUUAAGCGUCGGUGUCUGGAUCCAGCCGUCCGUCCAUGAGAAGCGCAGCAGCGGCGCUGUUUCCGUGUGUCGUCGCGGUGCUGCUCCACUGGUUCGGCUGGACGGACAGAACUGCGCUCCUGUUGGGCUUCGGCUCCGCAGACAACCAGAAGGCUGUGCAUGAGGUGUUGGUGGGUGUUUUAUCAGCGCGGCAUCAUCAUGAGCUCCGGCAGGCCAUAAGAGACACAUGGCUGGGGUACCUUAAACACCACCCUCACUUCCAGAAACGGGUGAUGGUGAAAUUCAUCAUCGGUGAACAUGGCUGUUCUGUGCCGGAGGAAGAUCGUGAAGACCCGUAUUCCUGCUCGCUGCUGAACCUCACGGAGACAGCUGCUGGGCAGGAGAUGGCUAUCUUGAGCGUUCCUGACACGUCUGCACUGCUGCCCUCCGAUGUCUCUGCCGUCAGUCUGGACUUCAAGGUCCUUCACUCGGUGGUCAUCACCCAGCUGGGCAUCUUUCCCAACGGACCGCGAGACGACUUCAGGGGCAACGUCACGGUCCGGCUCUUCCAGGUGGACCAAGAGGAGCCGGUGGUCACCGCUUGCUUCAGCACGCUGAGUCCAGGCACACGUGUGGGUGGGAUGUUUUACAAGCCCGUCGAGCAGUUCAUUCUCCCCAAGGGUUUUGAAGGAACUCUUCUGUGGGAGGCUCAGGAUUCGACAGGCCUGAUGUCUGUCAACACAUCUGCGCUCCAUCUGAGUAACGGCGGAGGGGUUCUCAAGUUUGGAGCUUGGUUUGUAAUGAAGCGUGUGAAUUCGUGUGAAAGGUCAGUGGGAAACACUGACUUCAAGCUGCUGCUGAAGACAGAUGAUGAUUGUUAUAUCGACGUGGACUCGGUCCUGCUGAAGACGGAGCGCAGACGCCUCUCACAGAGCAGCCUGUGGUGGGGAAAUUUCAGGCAGAACUGGGCCGUGGAUCGUGUGGGGAAAUGGCAGGAGCUGGAGUACUCGAGUCCAGUGUAUCCGGCCUUCGCCUGUGGAUCUGGAUACGUGGUGUCCAGGGAUCUGGUGCAGUGGCUAGCCUGCAACGCUCAACAUCUCAAAGCUUACCAGGGAGAGGAUGUGAGCAUGGGCAUCUGGAUGGCUGCUGUCGGGCCAAACAAAUAUCAGGUGAAAAAGAAGUUCAUGCAGAACUGGGCCGUGGAUCGUGUGGGGAAAUGGCAGGAGCUGGAGUACUCGAGUCCAGUGUAUCCGGCCUUCGCCUGUGGAUCUGGAUACGUGGUGUCCAGGGAUCUGGUGCAGUGGCUAGCCUGCAACGCUCAACAUCUCAAAGCUUACCAGGGAGAGGAUGUGAGCAUGGGCAUCUGGAUGGCUGCUGUCGGGCCAAACAAAUAUCAGGAUUCAGGCUGGCUGUGUGAGAAGGAGUGUUACGUGGACAUGCUGUCGUCGCCGCAGCACUCGGCGCAGGAGCUGCGCUCGCUCUGGGACAGGAAGAGGAAGUGCGGCGAUCCCUGCGGCUGCGCCAGGACCCAACACUGA